UCGACAUCCUAGCCAUCCUAGCAUAUAACUUGUUGUGGUUUUCUCCACAAUCUGCCCACUCAGGCGUCGCCGCUUGGCCGCAUUCCAAGGGUCGACAGUCAGCGCUAUCCGGGGUCGUGCCUAGGAUACCGACGCAGGCUACGGCAGUCCGAUCCCCUCCCCACCGUCUACCUCUUGAUAUCCUAAUAUUCUAUCCAGUCCAUCCUCUACUUCUGCACUAAUCUGCCGAUAGUCAAACGAUGAAUUCGGUCAAUUGAUCGAUUCCUUUGUGCAUUCGUUGCCCGUCAUGGCCGCGUCUGUGCAAAAGCUGUCGUCCCUUGAUCUGGUUCGAGACCCAGAUGGCUCUCCCCCCGAACUUAGAGAGGCCGACUACUCAAGUCAGGUUCUUCAGCUCUCGUCCGAAAAAACCGAGGCUUACCUUAAUGAGCUGAUCAUGAAGGCUACUAAUCUGGGAAUUGCUAUCUCUCGGCCUUCGAGUACUACCUCUGUAGACAACAAACGAAAUCCCUCGGGCACUGAAUCGAGCAUCACCGUAGACACAAACCAUGCACUCAAUACGUCUACGGGAUCCCAGGGCUCCAUAAGAAUAAAUUUAACGCCGGACUCUUUGCAAAACGGCCACUCUGAGAUCGCUGGGCGGAUCGUCGCGAGGAAGCGAUCGAGGGCACUCACCUUUGGUCAAUACGAAACUUACCUCGCCGAGGUAGAUCCGACCCUGAAGCAAAACAAGUUUUUGUCACAAUCGUCGACGGAGACCGAAUCUGCGCCGAGUAUUUUUAGUGCCAGCACGAACAUAAGUUAUGUCAGUUUGAAGAGAGGGUUCUCCAAGUUACGGCGCAGACGGAAGCACUUAUCUUAUCCUGGGGAGAUGGUCAUGUCUUGCAGUGCCUGCCGAGAAGAUCUUCAACCAGGCCAAACUCUUCAGAAACUACCAUGCGGACACAGUUAUUGCCCGAGAUGCUUGAAGAUUAUGAUCAACCAAGCAACAACCGAGGAAUCCAAAAUGCCGCCGCGCUGCUGUACCCAGCCCAUACCGAGUUCCAUCAUCAGGUCUAUCCUGCCCCGCGAAGAGCAAACGAAAUUCCUCAAGGCCGUUGUUCAGUAUAGCACUCCCUGGGAGGCACGAGUAUUCUGUUCUAACCUAGCCUGUGGUGAAUUCAUACCACCACGGGCCAAAAUCGACCCUAAAUAUCCGUUCCAGACUAUCUGUCGCAAAUGCAAAACGCGAGUUUGCGCCAUGUGUAAGAGAGAUGCCCACCCUCCAGAUCAAGAUUGCCCAGACGACUGGGAGCUCAAGGCUGUAUUGAAGAUGGGCGAAAAGUCGGGCUGGAGAAGGUGUUACAAGUGCCGGACUCUUGUUGAGCUCUCUCAAGGAUGUACACAUAUGACAUGUCGUUGCCGGGCACAGUUUUGUUACAUCUGUGGUGCCGUCUGGGAUCCAAUGGUUGGGUGUCCAAAUGUCUGCAAUGGUGAGGACGAGAUGGACCGUCGACGUCAACAGGAAGAGGAAAGGUUGGCAGAACUAGCGAAGGAAGAAGCAGCCAGAGAGGAAGCUGCCGAGAGGGAAAAGGUAGAAAGACUCGAGGCCGAAGGCCGCACUCGGAGUUGCGAUGAGUUCAAAGCGUUGCGAGCGGAGCAGGUAAAAGAGAUGGUCCGGUUCCAAACAUUUGAAAGGAAGUCAAAGUGGCUUAUGUGGACAAGGCACGCGCACCAGAAGCUCGCCCUCGUAGAGAAGCAGUCAACAGCGAUAGAACGAAUGAAGGAGCGGCACGCAAAGACGUCGGUUAAUCUCGAAGACCGCCAAGUCGCUGCAGAGAUGGAAUUGCGUUCAACAUUGGAACAGAGCGAAAGGAAUGUACGAAUUCGACUUAAGCACAUGGAAGCAUACUGCGAUGGCCUUGGAAAGAAGCCGGAUACGGAUGUACCCUCUAGAGUCGUGACGGAGCGAGAUCUACGAGAACUCGGGCAGCAAUAUAAUGUCGAGAAAAAUAUGAGACAGCUCCAUCAAGCUAAAAUUAACGUCAUGCGAGAUCGGCAGGCCAAAGCCCUCGAAGAGUUGCUCGAAAGACAGGAAUCUGAGAUGGGAAAACUAAUCGAGAAGAAUAGGAAGGAAAUCGAGAGUCUUGAAUCGGAUUUCGCGGAUGAAGAAGACUCUCUAACAACAACCUUCCUUCGGCGUAAAUCAACGCUAGGAAAUAGAUGGGAACUAGAGAUGGAAGUGAUGUGCAGAGAGUUGGAGAGAGAGAGAGGCUUGAUAUAUGCAUUAAUGAAGCCCCUUGAAUGGCCAGAUGAAGACGAGUCCCUAGACGACGGUCUACCAGUCGUGGAAGAAUAAUUUGCCUCGACGCCAUCUCCGCCGAGUUUCGUACUACGCGUGCGCUGCUUUGUUUAAGAGUAACUCGUUCCGGAAUCCCAAUCUGAUUAUUGCUUUUUUCCCUUCUCGCACCUUUAAUGAACCUUCUCCUUUGUCAUGAUGGGGAUUCAGGGGUUCGGAUUGUCAUAGAUAGGAAGGUGUUUGUAGGCUCGCGAUGCCGGCAUCAACAAAGGGAUUCCAUGAAAGUGCCAGCGUUGCAGUUAACAUUUUUCUUUUUCAAGAUAUACCCCUUGGUGUUAAUUAUCAACGAGACAGGUAUGUUUGGUGGAGUCUAAGCUAGGUAGCAGGUACUUAGCAAUAAGGUUGAUGAUAUAGAGGCGCCUAGUGCCCUAUUGCGAGUUUUCGGAUGGCGUUACAUACCUUACUCAAUGCUACAACUCAUUUAUCGCGCUAUCCGACUCUCACAAACCCGUCGAAUAUUGAAUUAGGUAGUACAAUACCUACCUAUGUUUGAAGGAUACGGACUAUCAGAGCCUGAUCUAAGGCUGACGCGGUGUCAUCAUUGAAUCACAACAGCACUGUAAACCAGCUACACACCUUAGGUGGUUAAAUAAUGCCCGGUACU